ACACAUGGGUGGAAUGGAUACAAGACUCGCGCGAAUCGUACCUGAAACUAUCUAGGCGGUAGAGGCAGUGUCUGCAACUGGUGGUUGUGGACGUUCUCCGGGUCAUCCAGGUGAUCUUCAGCCAUCUGGCCAAGGCGUGACUGGGAAACUGGUGAAGAAGGUUCUCUAAUUGGUAGAGGAAUUCUGGAUGAGAUGGAGAAUGAAGCGCAGCACAUUCCAUUUUUCACCAAGCUCUUCACACUUUCUCAAAUUCUAGGUAUUCUUUCUGUAGUGCUGGUAGGGGUUUGGUGUGGAUAUUUUCGAAAAGGAUUUGCUUGGGGCAGCGAACCAGUUUUGCAGUUCAACUGGCAUCCAUUUUUAAUGGUACUUGGAAUGGUCUUCCUCUAUGCAAAUGGGGCAUUGAUUUACCGAGGGUUCCGUUCUGAGAAGAAAAAGAAGCUGAAGAUCCUACACAUGUUGAUACAACUGGGUGCCUUCAUUUUCUCCAUUGUUGGACUUGUGGCUGUGUUUGACUUUCACAAUAAUAGUUCCCCUAAAAUCCCCAACAUGUACAGUCUGCACUCCUGGAUUGGCCUCUGUACAGUCAUAUUAUUUGCAUGUCAGUGGGUGAUCGGUUUAUUGACAUUCCUCUUCCCUGGUUUACGCCCAUCUGUACGAGCGGCAUACUUGCCUGUGCACCAGUUCUUUGGACUUUUCAUUUUUGUUGGAGCUGUGUCAUCCUGUCUUCUAGGCUUCACAGAGAAAGCCAUUUUUUCUGUAAAAAAUUAUUCAUCACUUCCUCCUGAAGGUGUCCUAAUCAACGUGACUGGCCUGGUUCUCAUCAUGUUUGGUGGCUUGGUAGUUUACCUGGUAUCGCAUCCCAAGUUCCGCCGCCAAACUACAGAGGAUGAGGUCUUGCUCACUGAUACUGUACUUGAGUGAAAAGUGGAUAAUAUUGUUUAAGAAAUUUUUUUUUGCUGCUUAUUUGUAACUGUGACAAGAGGGAAAGUAGUGCAGGGUAUAUUGCCUGUAAACAUACAAUGUGGUAUUUCAAGGUUCGCUUUACCAAUGUCAGUAUUCAAAUUUGUUCAAUGUAAAGAAAGGUGAUAUGUAAAUGCAGUAAAGGUCGACACAAUAUUCCAACUCUACUUAUGCAUGCAUAUCUAAGUGAUAUCACAACCAUGAUGACAGAAUAUAUAUAUAUAUAUAUAUAUAUAUAUAUAUAUAUAUAUAUAUAUAUAUAUAUAUAUAUAUAUAUAUAUAUAUAUAUAUAUAUAUAUAUAUAUAUAUAUAUAAAAAGAAAGAAUGCACUUUGUAUUUUUAUAGACUAAUUAUCCGUUUCAAGAUUUGAUUAUCAUGGAAUUUUGUCCAGUGAAUGUUAUAUAAUAAACCCUUUACUAUGUUAUUUUACUUUAAAGAUAAGACCAGUUUCCUAACUCCUUCGCUACAUUACACUCGCAUAGCAUAAGAGCCAAAUACACAGAAGUGCUUUUGUUUUAAUUUCUAGUUUAUAAAUACAGUAUCUAAACACAAAAAAAUAUAAAAUCUGAUAAGACCGCAGAACAAUCUUUAAAGUCUGUGUUAUCUGCAUGUUACAUUACACAAGCGCACUGUACAAUAAAUUAUGAGAAAAAAAAAUCUUACCUCAAAAACCU